UCGUUGGGUGCUAGGGCUUGAAGAACCUACAUCAUUAUUUCACUGCUUUUUGGCUUUGCAUCUUGUGACACUCAUACUCCACAGGUUAUGCUGGAGUGACUUCUUCAAAGUCAAAGUCAGUGUCUGAGUCAUAACCCAUGAUAAAACCCAAAAAUGCAGAAGAAGAAUCACUUGACAUCAUAAAGCCAUCUUGCUAUUCAUCAUUGGAUCUCUAAGGCUAUGAAAAAAACAAACAUGUUUUAGGAACUUUUCAGAGGGUAAGCAAGGAUGAGUUUAAUCUCAUUUCAGGGGAAAUGAUGUUCCAGAGGGCAGGGGCCACAGCAGUAAAGGCAUGUUAUCUGGGUCCUGCCAGAUGGAACUCCUUAGUAGGACAGACAUUAUAACCUUCCUGCUCAACCUAAUGAAAUAGUAGAUAUAAUUGGAAAUACAUUUGACAUACUUAACCUUUUUUUCUCUUCUUUAGGAAGUUCUUCACAGUCUGGGUGGAAUUGACAGUUUAGCACAGUCUAUGGAAACAGUAACAAAUGAUUAUCUUGCUUAUGGAGAGGAGCAACAUAACAUAGACAAACUUGUCAACAUGAUAUAUAUUAUUCAAAAACUUUCAGCAGUUAAAGAUCAGAGAGAAUGGGUUACAGCCAGCGGAGCACAUAAGACUUUGAUUAAUUUACUAGGAACUAGAGAAAAUAAUGUGCUAGUAGGUUCACUGCUUGCUCUCACAAGCUUGGCAGAAAGCCCUGAAUGUCGUGAGAAAAUAAGUGAGCUGAAUGUUGUCGAAAAUUUAUUGAUGAUAUUGCACGAAUAUGAUUUGCUCUCUAAAAGGUAGGAUAUGUCAUUUUCAUAUGUCAAUUUACUUUUGUGUUGAUGACUUCCAGAUAUUUAGUUAGUAUACAUUCAAAGAAUUCUAUCUCUGAAGUUGUUCACUUAAAAGUUUUAAAGUAUAAUAUGAGGGAAUCCCCAAAUCUGACAUUAUAGUGAGAUAUCGUAAUACCUUACUUAUUGGAAAUAUUUAGUGGAAGUAUUAACCA